AUGGUUGUUGCAAAGGUACUGAGAAGCUUGACUCCAAAGUUUGAUCACGUUGUUGCUGCCAUAGAAGAAUCUAAGGAUUUGUCAGUUUUUUCCUUUGAUGAACUGAUGGGGUCCUUGCAAGCACAUGAGACAAGAAUUAAUCGAUCACUUAAAAAGAAUGAUGAAAAGGCAUUUCAAGUGAAGGACAUAGUCACCAAAGUUGUAGAAAGUGACAGUUCGACAAACAAAGGCCGUGGAAGAGGAGGAUUCCGUGGUCGUGGUCGUGGUUGUGCAGGAAAUGGAGAAGAAAGUAGUAAGCUUUUUAUGACUCAUUUUGAUCCUAACAAUAUGUCAAGCGAUGUGUGGUUCAUAGACAGCGGCUAUUCGAAUCAUAUGACAAGGAUGAAAUCCUUGUUCAAAGAGCUUGAUGAGACGCAGAAGUUGAAGGUGCAAUUGGGAAAUGCCAAAGAAAUUCAAGUUGAAGGGAAAGGUACAGUGAGCAUUAAAACUACCCAUGGUAACAUAAAGCUCUUACAUAAUGUUCAAUUUGUACCUGAUUUGGGAUAUAAUUUGCUAUGUGUUGGGCAAUUAAUGGCUGCUUGA